GUUGGUUCAAUCAUGCAGCCUGUAAAAGGAAAUAAUAAAAUAAGACUGAUGUGAGAGUGUGUGGGAAAGUGCUUGAGUUGGACAAAUUGAGACGAUCUCAAAAUAUCAGAAUAUGUAAUUCUACUUGUGCUGAUACGGAUUUAAAAUGCAGGCCCACGACUAUUACCAUAUUAUUGUUAGAGCAGUGAUAAUUGUAUCCAGUUGUUUGGUUCCAAUGGGAAGAACAUUGUUAACUUCUGACAUCAAGUGGACACAUGAUUUAGAGCUCGAAGCCGGUUUUAAAGUGAGGUGGGAUGCGGACGAUCCUGAUUUUCUGACAAUGGAGAUCAGUGCUCCAACCCAAGGGUAUCUGGGGAUAGGAUUUUCUCAAAAUGGCGAAAUGUGGGGCAGUGACAUUGCUAUUGCGUGGGUGGACUCGGAUGGAAUUCCUCACAUCAAGGAUUUUCAUGGAGUCGGAGCAGAUCAGCCCGUGGAAGACGUACAACAGGACUACUUUUUAAUCGCUGCUGUUGAACGGGAUAACGAAACGACGGUUAGGUUUCAUAGAAGAUGGGAAACUUGUGAUGAUUUGCAUGACGUUAGCAUUGGGAACGGCACAAUGACACUGAUAUGGGCAUACGACACGGAAGACCCGUUCUCAUCCCCCGACCAGCUCGAGGUAUCUGGUUUCCCCUCCUGGCAUGGAACAACUGUAACCCAAGGAAGUCAACUUUAUGUCCACAUGAGACUUCCCAACCAACCUCUGCCCUUUCCCGAUGGAGACGAUGGUCUAGGAACACCACCGACGGAUGUGAAAGUCUGGGACCUCACAUUGGAGAAUGUGGAUAUUGAUGGUUCCAAAAAUACCCUAUUCAUGUGCAAACUCUUCCGAUUUCCUAUCCCUCCAAGUAGGAAAAAGUAUCAGUUGAUCGGGUUUCGUCCAUUGAUCACUGAAGAAAAUGAGAGCAACAUUUACCGCAUUUCUCUCCAUCAAUGUCACAUUCCGCCAAGCGUCUCUGAAAAAUUCGACCAACACAAGACGAAUUUAGAAGCAACAGUUGAGUGUUAUAAUAAUGAUAAUGAUGAUGGUGGCGAAGAAUACAAUUCAAAUUCAUGGGACAAUUCAUGCACGGAACUUGUACUGUCGUGGACGUUUGGUUCACAAGGGGACAUGUUUCCAGUCCAUGUUGGACUGCUGCUUGAUGAUUUCAGUUCAACCCUCUUUAAACUGAAAGUGCACUACGAUAAUGUUGCUGAAAAGCAAGUUCUUGACAGUUCUGGAAUUCGCCUAUUUUUUACGGAUGACCUGAGAUUAUAUUCUGGAGGAAUCCUCAGUGUUGGACACCGAAUUUCGCCUUUCCUAGCUGUUCCACCUUCCCAAGAGGGCUUUAAGAUUUAUAGCGUCUGCUCGUCCGAAUGCACUCGACACGGGAUUCCGGAUGGUGGGAUCAACGUAUUUAGUGUAAUGCUACACAGUCACGAAACGGGUAGAAAAAUCCGUCUUCGUCAUAUCCGAAAUGGGAAAGAGCUGUCUCCAAUUGCUGAGGACUCCAAUUACACAUACAAAUACCAACAACACCGUCGUAUGAAGGAUGAAGUACGGAUAUUCCCAGGGGAUCAGCUUGUUCUAGAAUGCGAAUACAAUACACUGCACCGAGACAAGUUUACUUUCGGCGGUUACGCGAUCGAAGCCGAGGAAAUGUGCCAAGCCCAGCUAUACUACUACCCAAAAGGGAAUUUUGACAUUUGUGAGAGUAAACCUGAAUACAAAUCCUUCUUUGCUGCCUUUGGGGGAGCAGGUGUAAUGGGCGAAGGAUUAAUGCGAGUUGAUCAUCAUCAACCUCUAGAAGAAGGAGGAGGGGACCCAUUAUUGCCACCCCAAUUCGUCUUAGAAAACUGGCCAAGAUCUGAGGAUACGAAUCCUUUCGACACAGUUUUCAUUGCCACCCCACAUUCGGCUGCGUAUAAUGUUUCCGUGGCUCAAAGAAUGGCAAAUUUCGAUUGGAGACUGAAACAUGUUUCCAAAAAUUUGGAAAAUUCAUGGAAAAAUGGGAAACAUUACAUGUAUUGCAAAGGAUCAAACGAGUCGAACCCAAUCAUAUACAAGAACCACGUUACCGAAAUUCCUCGGUUUCAAAAGUACUCGAGAUCUUUAAACUCCAUUUGCAGGAGACCUGCUAGUUAUAAAAAUUCUGCAAACAUUACAAUUGGCGAAACUAUGUUAUUGAUAUCAUUUGGGUUACUCGCCAAAGUUGUGUUUGACGUUAAUGGGUACUUUGUUCAUUAACAUAAAACAUAAUUAGCCUUAUUAUGUUCUCUCAGGAAAUUUUCGUCAUCUGAAAAUUAAUAAAUAAUCAAAAUACUGCUA